UAUAGAAAUGGUUUUUCUUCUUUCUCUAUGGCUUCGAGACAACCAUACAGAAGUUCAAUUCUGCCGCAGAUUGUUGACAAGUCACCACGAGAUGCUAUUCCUAGUGAUUUCUUGAAAUGGCGUUCGCUUGGUUCAGUUCGGACAUCAAAAUUUGCCUCUGGCUUCACCCCGUUGAAGCAAAAGCCUUUGGACUCUAUUAUUGACCUGGAAAGGGCAAAGCACAAAUCAGCUGAAGAGCUAGCUGAAAUUUGGGAUGACUAUCACUUGGGAAGAGGUCACAUUGCAGCAUUGAUGAAAGCUAGUUUAUAUAAGCUCUUGGAGCAAAGAGCUUCAAGUUGCCGGUAUUUUGUGAUUCCGCUAUGGAAGGGAAGUGGUUACACAACGAUGUUUGUGCAAGUGCAGGCGCCACACAUGCUAAUCACAGGUCUUGAAGAUUACAAAGCAAGAGGAACUCAAGCUACGCCAUACUUCACGGUUACUUACUACACCGAAUUUACUGAAAGCAAGGAUCUCGUUCUUAUUCGAGGGGACAUUGUCUUUACUAGCAAGCUCACGGACUCCGAGGCAACAUGGCUUCUGGACACUGCACAAUCGUUUUACUUGAACGAUGUCAGGUACAAACUAGUCGAGCGCUUCAACAAAGAAACCAGAGAGUUUGAGUUCAAAGAUGUUUUACAGACUUUGGAGAUGCCUAUAUUGUGAUUCAAAUCUCCAAUUUUCUGUCGUAAGCUAAGUUCGAUGCUGCAACCAGGUCGGAUUCUCCGUAACUACACUACUUUUGGAGAAUCCGACAUGCGCGUGUUGACAUUUUUGAAGAGUCCGAGCAACCAUGAUCAUUCAGAAAUCAGCAACAGCAGGCAUAUAGUUUUAUAUGUGUCUGUCCAGCAUAAUGAUUGUAUUACAUUAGCUUAACAAUCUUUUAUAAUUUUGAUUUCA